UUGAUUCCAGGAACAUCCGGUGCACGCACGUUCGAAGCACUUAUAAUCCUCCACCCAAAAGAAGCCACAGCUCCAUCUCACUUCUCCUCCUCCGACAUUUCUCCCAGAUGAAAACCCAGAUCAAAUCGCCCAAAAACCGCGCAAAAGCUUCAAAUUCGCCAAAAGAUUGAAGCUUUCGAUCGAAUUGCGUCAAGCAAGUCUCUCCUCAAAGGCUCAAACCUAUAUAUGCACACGUAUACGUAUCUAUAGGUCGGCGAUCAUCGAAGUUGUCCAUCAAUGGCGGGCGCCGCCUCGGCGCUUUUCAUUCUGGAUGUCAAGGGCCGGUGCUUGAUCUGGCGCGACUACAGGGGUGACGUCACCUCUGUUCAGGCCGAGCGAUACUUCUCCAAGCUUCUGGAAAAAGAGGGUGAUAUAGAGUCUCAUGGUCCAGUUGGCUAUGACAAUGGUGUUACCUACAUGUUCAUCCAGCACAACAAUGUUUUCUUGAUGACAGCGUCAAGGCAGAACUGCAAUGCUGCUAGCCUUCUUCUCUUUCUACACCGGAUAGUCGACGUCUUUAAGCAUUAUUUUGAAGAGUUGGAAGAGGAAUCCCUAAGAGAUAAUUUUGUGGUGGUGUAUGAGCUACUUGAUGAAAUGAUGGACUUUGGUUACCCGCAAUAUACAGAAGCUAAGAUUCUUAGUGAGUUUAUCAAGACCGAUGCUUAUAGGAUGGAAGUGACACAGCGGCCUCCAAUGGCUGUAACAAAUGCAGUGUCUUGGCGCAGUGAAGGGAUAAACUACAAGAAAAAUGAAGUGUUCUUGGAUGUGGUGGAAAGUGUUAAUAUACUAGUCAACAGCAAUGGACAAAUUAUUCGCUCAGAUGUUGUUGGGGCGUUGAAGAUGAGAACAUAUUUGAGUGGUAUGCCAGAGUGCAAGCUUGGCCUAAAUGAUAAAGUUUUAUUGGAGGCUCAAGGUCGAUCAAGUAAAGGAAAGGCCAUUGAUCUGGACGAUAUCAAGUUUCAUCAGUGUGUGCGUUUGGCUCGAUUUGAGAAUGAUCGGACAAUAUCUUUCAUACCUCCUGAUGGAUCAUUUGAUCUGAUGACAUACAGACUCAGUACCCAGGUGAAACCUCUCAUUUGGGUGGAAGCUCAGGUUGAGAGGCAUUCAAGAAGCCGUAUUGAGAUGGUGCUUAAAGCCAGAAGCCAGUUCAAGGACCGUAGUACAGCAACAAAUGUUGAAAUUCAGUUGCCUGUGCCAUCUGAUGCUACAAAUCCUAAUAUUCGAACUUCAAUGGGUUCUGCUGCCUAUGCUCCAGAGAAUGAUGCAUUGGUGUGGAAGAUUAAAUCUUUUCCUGGUAAUAAGGAAUAUAUGUUAAGGGCGGAGUUCAGUCUUCCUAGCAUAACCUCUGAAGAUACCACUCCUGACAGGAAAGCUCCUAUCAGGGUGAAGUUUGAGAUACCUUACUUCACCGUCUCAGGAAUUCAGGUUCGUUAUCUUAAAAUUAUUGAGAAGAGUGGAUACCAGGCACUUCCAUGGGUGAGAUACAUAACAAUGGCUGGAGAGUAUGAGUUGAGAUUAAUCUGAAAGCCUACAAAAAGGAGUAAUUUCUCAGCAUCUUUUUUCAAAAUUCUCUUUCAUAACAUUGGUAUGCGGAGUAAGGUCGCACGUCUUGUCAUGCGUAAGUGUUUUGAGAGUAACAAUUAGCUUCCAAUGCUGCACUUGUUGCAUGUCCUGAGAAGGAUCUUGGAAUUAUAAUUUUGUAUUGAACAGCAGGAAUCUCAUCAUAAUAUCCAUUAUAUAAUAUAUAGUGUUAAAAGAGUGGGAGGUUGGUAUAGAGAAAAUGGUUCCAUUUUGUGCUUAUUCUGUUAAUGAAACUCAGGGACAUGGACCCAACUUUUUGAGCAAAUACAUACAUUUAUCUUUU